CAGCCAUGGUGGCUUCCAGAACCCCCCCAGCCCUGGGUGGAGGCCGGUUCCAGAUCUUAACCUCCCUGCUGCUUCUGGCAUCCACAGCCUCCCUUGAUGCUGCCAAGAUACCCGCUCCCCCCGCCUGUGGGAAGCCCCAGCAACUGAACCGGAUCGUGGGCGGCCAGGGCAGUGCCGACGCUGAGUGGCCCUGGGUUGUAAGCAUCCAGAAGAACGGGACCCACCAGUGCGCAGGCUCCCUGCUCACCAGCCGCUGGGUGGUCACUGCUGCCCACUGCUUCAAGGACAAUCUGAACAAGCCGUCCCUGUUCUCUGUGCUAUUGGGGGCCUGGCAGCUGGGAAACCCAGGCCUUCGGUCCCAGAAGGUGGGUGUUGCCUGGGUGCUGCCUCACCCUGUGUACUCCUGGAAGGAGGGUGCCCGUGCGGACAUCGCCCUGGUGCGCCUCGAGCACUCCAUCCAGUUCUCGGAGCGAAUCCUGCCCAUCUGCCUGCCUGAUGCCUCUGUCCAUCUCCCCCCGAACACUGACUGCUGGAUCACGGGCUGGGGAAGCAUCCAUGAAGGAGUGCCCCUGCCUCACCCCCAGACCCUACAGAAGCUGAAAGUUCCCAUCAUUGACUCGGAAGUCUGCAGCCACCUGUACUGGCGGGGUGCCGGGCAGGGCGCCAUCACCGAGGACAUGCUGUGUGCCGGCUACCUGGAGGGGAAGCGCGAUGCCUGUCUAGGCGACUCCGGAGGCCCCCUGAUGUGCCAGGUGGACGGCGCCUGGCUGCUGGCUGGCAUCAUCAGCUGGGGCGAGGGCUGUGCGGAGCGCAACCGGCCCGGCGUCUACAUCAGCCUCGCCGCACACCGCGCCUGGGUGGAGCGAAUCGUGCAAGGGGUGCAGCUCCGCGGGCACACGGGUGGGAGGGGGCCCAGCAGGGCGCCCAACCCAGGCUCUGGAGGCGCAGCACCCUCCUAGGGCGGCAGGG